AUGGCUAAAGAAAAGUACGUGCCUCAAAACAGAGUGUUUAUUCUUCUACAGUACAUCGCUUGUGCUUUGGCACUAGUUGCUGCUGUUGAAUACUUCAAAUACAAGACCAGAAUCUCAUACGAAUGGUUCCAUUGUACUCCACAGUUUGCUCCAUUGGGAAGCAACAGUCACAGUUCCUCAUCGUCUGCUCAAAAGCUAUGGGCUGUAGGUGGACCUUCAUGCGAUAAGAGAGGUGAAUUGAAGACUAUCAUGAAGCGUAUCACAAUGGAUUACGAUCCCAAUGAGGAGCCAGUGCGGUUCUGCAUUGUGGAAAACCACCAGAUCCCAUCUAUCCACUACCCUGUUGAGAACGGGAACAAGGGUGAGGCGGGCUAUGUGUCCUAUGUAGGGUACGAGCGUGACGCUGCGGCUGUCGAGGAAGCGUGUGCAUCGCACGAGGCUACGGUGUUUAACUUGUGA